AUGCAUCUUGCAAAAGAAUAUGAAGGUGAAAGCAUUGAUGAUAAAAUAAGAAGCAAAUAUCUUGAAAUUGCGGUUCAGAAACAACUAUUAAAAGAAAAAGCUAGUUCAAAAAAUCAAUCAAAAAAACAGAAAAUAAGUAUUAAUGAUUAUUGGGAAAACAAAAUCAAUUUUUGGCAAGUCCUAAGAAGGAAGCAAUUAAUUUCUCGAGGAUUCUUUCAUGACGUGGAACAAAUAUCCAAAAUUUUUGCUUCAAUUAGAGCUACAAUUUUGCAAUUAGAAAGAGUGGAUUGUACAAUGGCAGAUUGUUUUACUCAAUUAGUUCAUUUAAUUGUGACUAUUUUUCAUAUGCCAAAAGAAAGAGAUACGAUUAUUCCUAAUUAUCAAGUAGUAGUUUUUGUUAUUAAUAAUAUUGUAGAUUUGCAUCAUCGAGCAUUUAAUCAAGUAGGAGAUUUGUAUGUCUCUAAUGAAGACAAUAUCAAUUCUGAUGUCGCCAUGAAUAAAGAUUAUGAAUUUAAUUUAGAAGAAUUAGUUCAAGAUCUUGAAUAA